AUGGCUGCGUUGAAGAAAGAGCCUUGGGCCGAAUCGAUUGAUUUUGAAAAAUAUGCAAAGUUCUUCAGCGACACUCUUGACACCGAUUCCGGCAAGGUCACAUGGCAAACAUGGCUGAUUAAAGCGUAUAACGCGUUCCAAAAGCCCGAAUACCUUGGCUACAACCGUCGUUUGGAGCUGAACGGCCUGGGCGAUCGCGUGAACUCAAUGAUUGUAACACAACCUCCCUUAUCACUUUUGACUACCUAUACCGAACUUUGA